AUGAUGCAUUCCGACGAGGCUCACGUCCACCCAAAACGUCGACGAUGUUGCACCCUGCAACGCCGACGCCGACGCACGUCCUCUGGCUCGAACUCGUUUUCAAAUUCUGCCCAACAGGUAUGUUUCUCUUCUUCUAAAAAUCGAUUUCAUUGCCUGCAUCCGAUCUGCAACGCCACCGGUGCCGCCGACUUCGCCUCCGACAUCUUGUAUAGGGUAUCAAUUGAAAAUUUUGAUAUUGUUGUCUUCUCAGCACAACUGCAGGAAAAGAAACUAGAAUUAGAUGAAUUGGCUAUAUUGUGCCUCAAUAGGUUGAAGAGAGUGAUCCAAUACUACCUGCCAUUAAAACAAUAUAUGGUUCAGCUACUACCCUCCCAUUGCCAACCACAACUCUAAUAGUUCCUUUAAAGCCAUAGAAGGUCAAACCAGUCAAGGAUCAGCUCUCAAGUCUCUAUUGUACCCUUUUUAUAGUUGAAAGAAUUGUGAAGAUCUGUGAAGCUCUUGAAUUGGAGGUUUUGAUUGUUUUGGGUGCCACAAUUAAGAAAUAGGUUUGUCAUUUGUGAUAUAAAUUGAUUUUCUUGUAUUAUUGCAAUUAGUUGGUUGGGGUAUACUCACGAAAUGAUAGUGUUAUGUUUGAUUUGGUUAUUUUAUAAGAAAAAAUAUUGAAUUUAGCAAAAAAUAACAUAGAAGGGCAAAAUGGUCAUUUUUUAUAAUUCAGCACUGCAAUUCAGAGGUUCUAAACAAACCACAUUUAAAAA